CUACCUGGGAGUGGGAAGGAGGGACGGUGUGAGCAGCCCGCACAGCAGCUGGCCCAGACCUUUGGGUGAGGUUGUCUUCUUCCCGCAUUUCUAGAAUAGAGAGUGGGUGGGAACCGACUCAAGUAAAGUCCCAGAGACUCGAACACUGACGUACAGGAAAGCCUCAAGUGGGAGGAGAAAUGCAAAUCUCCUACUGACAAUGGCGUCAGCGGCUUCGUCCUGGGGACUGUGAGGGGCGAUUCUGACUUUGGACUUGACACCGCCUGGGACUCGGGCUGAGAGAGCCAGCAUGUCUCAGUGGAAUCAAGUCCAACAAUUAGAAAUCAAAUUUUUGGAGCAAGUAGAUCAAUUCUACGAUGACAACUUUCCAAUGGAAAUUCGACAUCUGUUGGCUCAGUGGAUUGAAAAUCAAGACUGGGAGGCGGCUUCCAACAAUGAAACCAUGGCAACAAUUCUUCUUCAAAACUUGUUAAUACAACUGGAUGAACAGUUAGGUCGGGUUUCCAAAGAGAAAAAUCUGCUCUUGAUACACAAUCUAAAAAGAAUUAGGAAAGUCCUCCAGGGAAAAUUUCAUGGAAAUCCAAUGCAUGUAGCUGUGGUCAUUUCCAACUGCCUUAGGGAAGAGAGGAGAAUCCUGGCUGCAGCUAACAUGCCCGUUCAGGGACCUCUGGAGAAAUCCUUACAAAGCUCUUCAGUUUCAGAAAGGCAGAGGAAUGUGGAGCACAAAGUGGCCGCCAUUAAAAAUAGUGUGCAGAUAACAGAACAAGACACCAAAUAUUUAGAAGACCUGCAAGAUGAAUUUGACUAUAGGUAUAAAACAAUUCAGACAAUGGAUCAAGCGGACAAGAACAACGCCCUAAUGAAUCAGGAAGUUUUGACUCUGCAAGAAAUGCUGAACAGUCUCGACUUCAAGAGAAAGGAAGCCCUCAGUAAGAUGACACAAAUAGUCAAUGAAACGGACUUGUUAAUGAACAGCAUGCUGAUGGAGGAGCUGCAGGACUGGAAGAGGCGCCAGCAGAUCGCCUGCAUCGGAGGGCCACUCCACAAUGGGCUCGACCAGCUUCAAAACUGCUUUACACUACUGGCAGAAAGUCUGUUCCAACUCAGAAGGCAGUUGGAGAAAUUAGAGGAACAGUCUACCAAAAUGACAUAUGAAGGAGAUCCCAUCCCCAUGCAAAGAGUGCAUCUGCUAGAAAGAGUCACCUUCUUGAUCUACAACCUUUUUAAGAACUCAUUUGUGGUUGAACGACAGCCAUGCAUGCCAACCCACCCUCAGAGACCGAUGGUACUUAAAACUCUCAUUCAGUUCACGGUAAAGCUAAGACUACUAAUAAAAUUGCCAGAACUAAACUAUCAGGUAAAGGUGAAAGCAUCUAUUGACAAGAAUGUUUCAACUCUAAGCAAUCGAAGAUUUGUUCUCUGUGGAACUCAUGUCAAAGCCAUGUCUAUUGAAGAAUCUUCUAAUGGGAGUCUGUCAGUAGAAUUUCGACAUUUGCAACCAAAGGAAAUGAAGUCCAGUGCUGGAAACAAAGGAAAUGAGGGCUGCCACAUGGUGACGGAAGAGCUUCAUUCGAUAACCUUUGAGUCACAGAUCUGCCUCUACGGCCUGACCAUAGAUUUGGAGACCAGCUCAUUACCUGUGGUGAUGAUUUCUAAUGUCAGUCAGUUACCUAAUGCUUGGGCAUCCAUCAUUUGGUACAAUGUGUCAACCAAUGAUUCCCAGAACCUGGUUUUCUUUAAUAAUCCUCCUUCUGCCACUUUGAGUCAACUCCUGGAAGUGAUGAGCUGGCAGUUUUCAUCAUAUGUAGGCCGUGGCCUUAACUCUGAUCAACUCAAUAUGUUGGCGGAGAAGCUUACAGUCCAGUCUAGCUACAAUGAUGGUCAUCUCACCUGGGCCAAGUUCUGCAAGGAACACUUACCUGGUAAAUCAUUUACCUUUUGGACAUGGCUUGAAGCAAUAUUAGAUCUAAUUAAGAAACACAUUCUUCCCCUUUGGAUUGAUGGGUAUGUCAUGGGCUUUGUUAGCAAAGAGAAGGAGCGCCUCCUGCUAAAGGAUAAAAUGCCUGGAACGUUUUUGCUAAGAUUCAGUGAAAGCCACCUUGGAGGAAUAACUUUCACCUGGGUAGACCAUUCCGAAAAUGGAGAAGUACGAUUCCACUCUGUAGAACCCUACAAUAAAGGCCGGUUGUCUGCUCUGCCAUUUGCUGACAUCCUUCGAGACUACAAGGUUAUUAUGGCUGAAAACAUUCCUGAAAACCCUCUGAAGUUCCUUUAUCCUGACAUUCCCAAAGACAAAGCCUUCAGUAAACACUACAGCUCCCAGCCAUGCGAAGUCUCAAGACCAACAGAAAGGGGGGACAAAGGUUAUGUUCCAUCUGUUUUUAUCCCCAUUUCAACAAUCCGAAGUGAUUCAACUGAGCCACAUUCUCCAUCAGAUCUUCUUCCCAUGUCUCCAAGUGUGUAUGCAGUGCUGAGAGAAAACCUGAGUCCCACAACAAUUGAAACUGCAAUGAAGUCUCCAUAUUCUGCUGAAUGACAGGAUAAACCCUUGACACUCAGAAGGAAGCAAAUGAAAAAGCUUAAAGACUGAUCUUUGCCAACAAUCAUAUCUUAUUUCUUCAGCUUUGUAUAUACCCGUUUCCAGGAAAUGGUUCAAGUUUGAAGUUCUCCUCUCACUGGCAUGACCACCAAUUGAGGAUGUUGUGAUUGGAAUGCUAAAAACCAAAGCUUGCAAGAUAAGACACUUGAAGAAACCAGUGUUAAUAUAACAUUAACAAAAGACUCGUU